GGGCGCUUGGGUACGUUUGGGUGUUUGGUCGGUUUGGUCGUUUGGUCGCUGAUCUUGCCUUGGAUCUUGCGCCUUGCGCUCCUUGCUCGUUCUUCCACCGUAUUCUAGAACCACCACAGUGUCGCCGAACCGUCGCUUGUGAUCUACUCGCUGAUCGAGCGGCCAAGCAUCUCGCUGGACAUGAGAAAAAAUGCGGCCGACGCUUCAUCGCCUCCCCGACGCUGAAGCCACAGUGCCAAGCUUGCAGCACUGCACCUGCCCCACGGUGACUCCGCCUUAAACCCAGGGAUACGUAGAAAGGGGCUAUGUCGAUGCCUGCCUGCUUCCAAGCCAGCCACGUGGAUGCCUCCAAGAUCCCCAGGCCCAUCCCUACAGCACCCACUGCCAUCACCAAGGCCUAUGGCGACGUUAUCCAAUACCUCAAGCAGGACAAGAUGAAGGACGCCAAGAACUUGGUGCGUGCCCAACACUGGCCUGUGGACCACCCCAACCGAGGAGAGCUGUGGCUCGGGCUGUGCCAGAGCCACGCCAAGGGUUCCAUGGAAGACGACUUCUACGACUCCAUGGUGCAGGAAUCUCUAGGGGGCCUGUGGCCCAUGAGCUUGCCGACGUUUGCGGACCCCAUCUACUGCGAGGACUACCUGCUGUCCGAGGAGGGCCAGAAGAAAGCGGAGCGGGUGCUGUACGUGCUGUCGGUCAGCCACCCCUUCAUCACCUACUGCCCCUUGCUGCACCCCCUGGCCUCCCUCUUCCUGCACUACCUCUCCGAAGAAAAGACGUACGAGUGCAUCAGUGCCCUGAUAGGGGGCACCAUAGUACGCCACCUGAGUCAGACACGUCUCAUGCACGACACCUCCGCCUAUGCGCUGAUGCAGCUCACCAAGCGUCUAGCCAAGAAGACAUACCUGCGCCUCAACCGCAAGGUGGAGAAGGAGGAGGACCUGGAGAGGGUGUUCCACACCUGGGAGCUCUGGAUCUUCAGGGGACUGCCCUUCUACCAUCUAGUGCGGGCCGUGGACUGCUACUUAAUCGAAGGUGUGCGGGCCCUGUACCGGAUUGCAAUGACCAUCCUCAUUCUCUACACUCAGGAGAAUGCGAGCGAGUUUCCCCCUGAUUCAUUAUUUUCACGUGUAUUUAAGAAGAGGGGUGAAGGCUCUCGGGAUGAGGCGGCUGAUCCUGGCCAGUUCCUCGACAGGAUCAUUUUCUUUUGCCAGGAGAUUCCUUUCAAUGUGGACAAAUUCCUCAAAACUGCCUACGGCAUCCAGGGCUUCAGUGCCAAGGUCCUGAACCAGCAGCUGCUGAAGGCGGAGAUGUACAUCCGCAGCUGCUCGAGCGGUCGGCUGCGGGCGGCCUCGGAGGGGGGGUUGCCUCUCUCAGAAUCCACCUACCACCUCCAGAUCACCUCCUCCUCGCUGACCGUCAAGGAGGGGAAAUUUGACGGCAUACGGGCCAUGUCAGUGGGCAUCAUCCCCUUGGCCAACUUCAAAUCGGAAGUGCUGAACAGAGAGCAGAUGGGCUCCCUGUGGAGCUGGCUUCCCCCCCGCAUCACCAUGCUGCAGCCAGAGGUGAUCUACUCGACCAACGAGCACGGAAGCAGCCUCACCAACUUCUAUUUCCACACCGACACCUGGGAGCCCACCGUGAUUGCCAUCCUCACCACCAGGGACGAGCGCUUUGGGGCCUACUGCUCGACCAAGUGGCAGGAGCGUAAGCAGACAUACUUCGGCACGGGGGAGACCUUCCUGUUCACAUUCACGCCCCAGCCCAAGCGCUACCCGUGGGUCGGAGCCAACUCGGCCUCGGAUGUGCCCCACUCCUCCAAGCUCUUUCUCUCCGCCAACCAGCACAUGAUCCAGAUCGGCGCUGGGAAUGGCUUUGGGCUUUACAUAGACGAAUCACUGGAGAACGGACGCACGGAGCGUUGCGACACAUUCAACAACAGCCCGCUGGCAAGCAGCAACGACUUUGUCAUUCGCAUCAUGGAAGUCAUCGGCUUUGCCUGAUCGCUCCAGCCGAUUCGGCUGGCAGCUUCACUCAUGCAUUCCACCGCCAUUGCUGCUUUCUUUUUUUUCAUUUUUAUUUUCAAUGUCAUGAUUUUGUGACUUGGGACUCACUCCCAAAAUAUUUUUAUAGAUGUGACUCUGCCCUGGAUGUUUGUCUGGGGCAUUAUGGUUUAAAUCUCCAACUUCUACACUCCAGUUUACAGCAGGAAUUGCGUACACCCUGCAUUCCGAGGAAGAAAAAAAAGCAAAAAACAGCCUGCAGCAUAACUCUUGAAAGGUGUGACGAUUGUCUUGUUGGAAGUCUUCCUCACAUUAUUCGGCAGGACAUGAUUUUUGUUUUUUCUUCCAAUCCUUCAAAAGGUUGCAUGCAUGCCACCGUGAAUCUUGCAGGCGAUGUUCUUGCCCUGUGCGCAUUCUAUUGACUCGUAAAUACUUUGUUUCUAGGAAACCGAGAAAUCGUUGUAUUUAUGCUCAUAGGAAUUCUCAGCUUAUUUAUUGAUCGUGAUGCCAUAUUUUUGUCUUGCCUCCCGCACGCGCGCCCAUCGGCGUACUACAAUUUUGUCAAAUCUCUGGAAACCAAGAUCGAUCUGUGUGUGUGUGUUGCACAGUAUUGUAUGUAUAUGUGGCAUUUUGGCAAUAAGGCUAACAAAGAUGCGUGUGCACUGCUUUGUGCUCACGCAUAUUGAUUUGAUGGAAGCCUUAGCUUCAAUAUUUGCAAUAAAAUAUUGAUGAGUGUCUGUGAAUCAGUCGUAUAUAUGUGAUCGUGUGGAGGAUAUUGAUGUAUGUUGACAUUAUGGUGCUUGAGAGUCACAGAAAUUCUUUUACUGCUCAAUCAGUUAUGUCAAAUAAAUAUAUUGUUUACACAUUGA